AUUGGUGAUUUGCAGAGCUUUUAGCUUGUAUCAUUUGGAAGAUCCAAUUAGAUACGCAUACAAAGAAUUAAAAGGUUUUAUUCAGGAAGGCCCACAAUGUGGUUUAGUGGCAUUAGCAAUGUGCUAUGGAAAUCCCACCAAAGAAACAGUUGAGGAUGUUUUUCAAUAUGCAAAAGAAAAUAAAUAUACCAAUAAUGGUGAGAUAUUCAGUGUUGAUUAUAUGCAUUUAUUGGCUAAGAAGUUUCUACCAAACAAAAUUGAGAUAUAUUCAGGAAAAUUGGAUGACAAUAAAAUAGUUGAAUUUCUGCACAGCAAAGGACUCAUUUUAGUCCCAUACGAUUGUGACAGAGACCACAGGCCUUGCACGAAAUUAGGACACAAAGCCCAUUGGGCUGUUAUUUCAGGGAUGAUUGAGACUGAUGAUGGGAUACAUGUGUUUGCCAAGCAUGGAAAGAGUUUGAAUACUGCAAUUUGGAGUCUCCAAGAACUGGCAAGAAGCAACGAGCAAUUGAACGAAUUCGCUCCGGAUAGGAAAAACUCGGAUCUUGUUUACGUUUUACCAGAUGGAGGAUUGAAUGGGCCAAAUGGUUUAUGUUCAAGAGCAGUUCUGAUUUAUCCACAGUAAAACAUUUGAUGUGUUAUAAUUAUUUUAUCGCUUUUAUUACGCUUUAAUGAUUUUAAAAGAUGCUGCAAGGAUUGUGAUAUAUUUAUAUGGAAUAAAAUAUGUUUCAAUAUUUAUUUGAAUAGUUUAUUUUAUAUAUGUUAUAAUGGUUGCCUAAUACACGAGACCAACUAAUUAGCCAUUAAUUAUUAAUGUUUUUAUUUCUGUAAUCCAAUACAAUAAAAAAAUUAUAUAC